AUUAUUCCCUUCAUCUUUCCUAAUGUAUUUCUUAUGACAAUCAGCGAACAAGAGUAUGCGAGACAUGUGCGUCAAGGACGGUCGCAUAUGGCGAUCGUCACACCAUGUUUGAUAAGAACUUGUCAUACAUAUUUUAUUGUUAUGAUACUCUGUUGAUAUGGUUACCAGAAAGUAUACUAAUGCGCUAUCACUUGAUUUUCUCAACCUCUUAACUUUCCUUAAUUCUCUACGAUUAUAAUAAUUCUUUUGUCCUCUUUGAUUAAUAAAAUAUGGAAGCCAAUUGCGAAUGUCAGUAUACGCUGACAUUAACGAAUGAAGUAGUUCGGGGUCAAUUUUCCGAAACGAAGGAUAAUUUUAACCAUGUUCCCAGCAUUCACGAAGUGGUCGAAGAAGACACCGAUGAAGAGUACAUCUGUGAUCAAGAAUCUGCAACGUCUAAAGAUGUUGAAAAUACUACAGACUUAACAAAAGAGACCGAAGACAAUGAUUCGAAUUACAGCAACGAAUCGUUCUGUUCCGAUGAGUCUUGCGACGAGUCCGAAGAGACAAAUAUCACCACAAGGACCUUCAACGAAUCCUAUAUUUCAUCUAAAAUUACUGAUCGUGAAUGCGCAAAGGAAGACGUUGGAGAUGAAGAAACAAGAUGCAACAGAGUGAUACAUGACGAUCAAGUCAGAAACUCUGUUCGUUGCGGUAGUUCGAUAACCGAAGACAAAUCUGCAUCAUUAACACUGGUAAAAAGUAAGAAGAAGAACAUGACCUUUACAGGCGAACAAAUUAGAAAAAUCGAAUGGGAGAACCAGCUUCUUCUAAAAAAAAUAAUGGCUCAACAAAGACCAAAAGAGAAAUUACUUCGUGAAAAUAUACCGCAAUUACGGAUGAGCAGCUCGGAGAUAAACAGAAAAAAGUUACAGAAGAAAAUUGAAAGUGAAAAUAUAUUACUUCUGCAAAGGUUGCAACAUACCAAAUCACGUGUUAUGAACAUGUCGAAACCUGGCUGCAGACAGACAAUUCUAUAAUCUGCAACAAAAAUACUAUUUUUAUAUAUUUUAUACUAACCCGAUAAUCUUUUCCAAGAAACUCGUAUUUGCCAGAUUUUCUACUCUUUAACCUAAGGGCUUGUAGUACAAACAUUAUAAUUGUGAUACGAUUUAUUCUUUGUGCCAUGGAAUACAACAUUUUAAAAGAACAUGGUACUUUUUGAAAACAUAACAAAAAAAUUUAUAAAAAUAAUUGGAAAUAUUUGUUUACAACAAGGUAUCUACUUUUUUCAUAAAACGUAGAUU